UCUUCUUCUUCUAGAUCGGACUAUACCAGCAGACUACCAUCGAUAGAAGAAGCAGCAACAUCAACCCAACCAAUAGAAUCGAAGCGCAGAAACCGUAAACGCAAAAACACUUCGGAAACACAUCAACAUACAGAAUCAGACAAUGUCCAACGAUCAGCCAAGAAGCGGCGAAGUAGUCUAUCCCGGACAUCACCGAAUGCUUUCGCUUCGACGUCCAACACAUCCACCAACCUGCUUCCUUCUAAGACAUCCGGCACAACUUGCACGUCCUCCAUGUCAACACUCCAGCCUACGGUGGGCCUUUCAAUGCCGACCAUAUCAUCCAGUUCCUCCCUCGGUAGCAACAGUAAUGCUGGCCUCGUCGUCGAUUACACCUCCAACACGCCGGGUUCUUCGGAAUGCUUAACGCACGAUUUAGAUUACCAUCAGCUCGAUAGCCCGGCAACCGUUAGCUCGAACGUGAUGAGCCCCUUCGACGGUGACGGCAUAUACGAAUGGCAAACGUACCAUAAUCCAUUGGAGUUGGGCUUUAAGAGUAAAACCCGGGCUGUCCUUACCGACACUGUCUGCUAUCUGACGGCUUCGCACAAACAACGCUCCUGUCCAAUGCCACGACUCGCGUGGGCCGAUACACUCGAUAUGUGGAAUCUGAUGUCCCGAAAGGAUGAGCUGGCGUGGCUAGCCCGAAACCCGUCCAUGUUCGACGAACAUCCAGGUCUACAACCUCGAAUGCGUGCGAUCCUGCUCGAUUGGCUGAACGAGGUGUGCGAAGUGUAUAAGCUGCAUCGGGAAACGUACUACCUAACGGUGGACUAUAUCGAUCGGUAUCUGAGCAUUAAGCAAGGGCUGAAAAAGACGCACCUACAGCUGCUCGGUAUCACUUCACUAUUCAUCGCGGCUAAGGUCGAAGAAAUCUAUCCACCCAAAAUAGGCGAAUUCGCGUACGUGACCGAUGGUGCCUGUACAGACGAGGACAUAUUGCGCGAGGAACUGCUCGUGCUGAGCACACUCGAUUGGAAAAUUAACCCCGUGACGGUGAUGGGAUGGUUGGGACUCUACAUGCAAAUCAACGUUACCAGCCGAAAGUCGGACAUCGUGCCGCUGGUAGUACGGGAUGAACGGUCUACCAACACUAUCACCAGCAACGUUAUAUCACCAUCGCGAAAACGAAAAAUCACGGAUGAAAAUGAGGACAGCAAUAAUAUUAAGCGGGCGAAGGUGGUGCAGAAGCCAUCGGCACAACAUACUGUUACUAGCAAUACAACUACCACUACCAAGACUGAUGAUGCCUUCGUGUAUCCACAAUUCUCCGGCAUGGAGUUUGCCCACACGGCUCAGCUAAUUGACCUGUGCUCGCUGGACGUCGGGAUGGCCAAUUUCAAAUAUUCUGUGAUUGCUGCAGCGGCCAUGAGCCACACGUUUGAUCGGAAAACAGCAACAUUUGUGUCUGGGUUCAAAUGGGAAGAGAUAGCACCGUGCGCAAAAUGGAUGGAACCCUUCUUCCAGGUAAUCUGCGACGAGAAUGCGGUGUCUCCGCUCACAUUCCUCGAAUCAAACGAUCCGAUCAAGUACUGUCACGGCUUAAAGCACAUCUGCCCGAACCUAGUGUCCGACAGCUCCCACAUCAUCCAGACGCACACAACUUCGCUGGACAUGCUGGAUUUGGUAAGCAUCAAAAUUGAACAGAUGGAAGCGGAUGCGCGCAUGGGAUUGCUGGAAGCAUCUCCAGCACCGACCGGCAUCAUCGAGCCGGAGGAAGGUGGCAUCCUAACGCCACCGUCCUCGAAUCGCAAAUCUUUGGAAAUGGUCGGCGGUGGUGUUGUUGGCAACGUUAUAACGGCAGUGUCGGUGGUCGCACCGUCACCACCAUCUUCGACUCGCAAAUCCCAAGAAACGGUAGGAUGUGGCGGCGGGAUUAUGACGGCAGUGUCGGUGACGGUAGCAGCCUCCGAAAAAAUGGCCAACGUUUUGAAGAUCAAGAAUACAGCAGUCACAACUGCCGGCACGUGGAGCACUUGCUAG